AUGGCGUUAGACUUAACUAUCAAGAAAAGUGGAGGCAAAAAAGAAGGUAAGCAGGAGAAUGACAAGAUGGAAGUUUCACAGGGGGAAAACACAGGAGAAGAGGAAGAAGAGAAAGGCGCAGAUAAUCACGAUAGCUUAGGCUGUGUAGUUGGUGUGGAGGAACAGGCAAGGGAAGAAGUGGAUGAAUCAACUGAGAGACUUGUUCAAGAGAUGGCGAAGGAGGAUGGAAGAAAUGUGUUGGAGAAAGAAGUAAGUUUACAGACACAGAGUAGAGUCAUCAAAGCGGAGAUUAUUAUGGAAGAGGAAGAGGUAGAACGGGGAGGAGAAAGAGAAACGAAGAGAAAUACAGACGGAGACAGCAGAGCGAGGAAGAGAGUUAGACAAAGUUUGAAAAGGUAUAGAGAGUCAGAGUCAUCAUCGUCGUCUGAUGAAACAUCCUCAUCUGACGAAGAAGAUAACAGUAAUCGAGAGAUUAGAUUUACAAAUAUCCUGUCAGAAAUGAUCAGAAAAACCGGAAGUAUCGUGGGAGAACAAGUGAUAGCUAAUGCGGGUUUGAUAAAAUCUUUACAGAAAUCGGUGGAUGACCUGAGGAAAGAAGUAAAGGAGAUGAGAAGUGAACUUAGAGAAAGAAAGGGAAAGAAUGAAGAUAGAAGUAAAGAGAAUAAGAGACCGGAAGUACGAGAAGUGCGAGGUGAAUCAGGACCAGCAAAAGCGCAUGAGAGAAAAGAGAGAGAUAGAGAUGUUAAGAAAGACGAGAAGCGAGAAAGACCAGCGGAACGUGAGCGACAGAGGAAGAGUGGUGGAAGUUCGAGGGAUGGCUAUAGGAGGGUCGAGAGAGGAAGAGACUAUAUUAGACUGUAA